AUGGCACCUUAUGAAGCACUCUAUGGGAGACCUUGUAGAUCACCCUUGUGUUGGAUAGAGGUGGGUGAGAGAUGUUUGUUGGGACCUGAGAUUGUUCAAGAGACUACAGAAAAGAUACAACUCAUCAAGGAAAAGCUUAAGACUGCCCAAGAUAGACAGAAAAGCUAUGUAGACCAAAGGAGAAGGCCCUUAGAGCUUGAGGAAGGGGAUUGGGUGUUUGUAAAAGUGUCCCCUAGAAGAGGCAUAUUUCGAUUUGGGAAAAAUGGGAAGUUAGCCCUUAGAUUUGUGGGACCAUUUCAGAUUGAGAAGAGAGUUGGGCCAGUGGCAUGCAAGUUAAUUUUGCCUCAACAGUUGUCCCUUGUGCAUGAUGUUUUCCAUGUAUCGAUGCUAAGGAAGUGUACUCCAGAUCCAACUUGGGUAGUGGACUUGCAAGAUGUUCAAAUUAGUGAAGACACUUCUUAUGUGGAGGAACCUUUACGAAUUCUGGAGGUUGGAGAACAUAGGUUUAGAAACAAGGUGAUUCCUGCAGUCAAAGUGUGGUGGCAACACCAUGGGAUAGAAGAAGCCACUUGGGAACCUGAGAAAGAAAUGAGACGACACUAUCCGCAACUUUUCUACGAUUUUUAA